CACCUUGUUGUUUACCUAACAUUGUUUCUCAUGUGGUUUGUGUGUAUAAAGUUUGUUUGCUUUCUGUCAUUACAGACAUGAAUCAGAGGGUCUGUGAGGGGUGGCGGCAGUGCGCCUCCUGCCUGAAGCUCCGCUCCUUUGGACCAAACUUCCACCCCCCAUGUGAUUCACUGAGUCCCAACUGUUGCACAGACUUUUCAUUCAGUGAGUUAGUUCACCGGGCAGCCUGACUUACAGCCUCCCCCAAACAUGAGUCCAUCUGAUCCACAGGUUUUACUUACUAAAAGCGGUGCAGCUACUCCUUUUGGGUUGGACAGUUUUUUGUCACACGAGUGAAGUGGUCUUUGGGAAGUGAUGGAAUUAAUUCGCUCUUUGAGGGAAGGCUGAGCAACUUCACGGAUGAACCGAAGCGGGGGACGCGUUCAGACACCGGAGCUUAUCAUGAUGGAUGAAACAUCGCCUACAACAGGGAAUACAAAUAACUGGAAAGCUCUUUAAGGAGGCGACUGGAGACUUGCAAGAUUGGCAGAACCUAUUAAGAAGCAGUCUGUAAAAGCAUAUCCAAGCACAGCUACGUCCAAGAAUGAGGAUCAAAUACACAAUAUCCAUCGUCUUUUUUGUGACACUUGUUAUCAUUGAGAAGGAAAACAACAUUAUCUCAAGGGUGUCAGAUAAGCUCACCCUAAAGCAGACUACCCAGACCCCUCUACAGCACAGUGGUGUCUCCCACACACUGCCGAAGCACAAUGGUUCCUUAACCUCACUCAGCAAGAUGGACACUGCCUUCAUGUUGAUGAAGCGGCGUCUGGAGAACUACAGCGAGCACCAAGGGGUGGUGAGGAACGGCAGGAAACACAUCCUUCUGUUAGCUACCACCAGGACGGGCUCCUCGUUUGUGGGCGAGUUUUUCAACCAGCAGGGCGACAACAUGUUUUACCUGUUUGAACCGUUGUGGCAUGUGGAGAAGAUGUUGACACUGGAGACUGGUGGCACCAACGCCACAGUAGCAGCCAAGGCAUACCGCGAUGUGCUCCAGCAGCUCUUCUUGUGUGACUUCUCCCUGCUGGAGAGCUUCAUCGAACCCCUCCCUGUGGACCACAUCACCACCGCCCUGUUCCGCAGGGAGUCCAGUAGUUCUCUAUGUGAGGAAUCGGUUUGCAGUCCGACUAUCAAAGGGGUCUUUGAGCCUUAUCACUGCAGGACCAGACGCUGUGGGCCCCUGAACCUGACCAUGGCGUCUGAGUCCUGCCUUCAAAAGGAGCACAGGGCCAUCAAGUCAGUGAGGGUGCGCCAACUGGAGACCCUCCGUCCUCUGGCUGAGGACCCACGCCUUGACGUAAAGUUCAUUCAGCUGGUUCGGGAUCCUCGGGCUGUACUAGCCUCACGAAUGGUGGCCUUUGAAGCCAAAUACAAGAACUGGAAGCAGUGGGCUAUGGAUGGGGAUGUUCCUAUUGAUGACGAUGAAGUGAGAAAGCUAAAAGGGAACUGCGACAACAUAAGGUUGUCUGCUGAGAUUGGACUCAAACAGCCACAAUGGCUGCGCAAGCGUUACAUGCUGGUGAGGUACGAGGACAUCGCCCGGUUCCCCAUGAGGAAGGCCGCAGAGAUGUACAGGUUUACUGGAAUCCCGUUCACUCCGCAAGUGAAAUCCUGGAUCCUGAGGAACAUCCAGGCCUCUAAGAAGGCCAGCGGUGUUUACUCCACACAGAAAAACUCCUCAGAACAAGUAGAGAAAUGGAGGUUCAACUUACCUUUCAAAAUAGCUCAGGUUGUACAGAAAGUUUGUGGGCCAACGUUGAAGCUUUUUGGGUAUAAAUUUGUAAGCAGUGAGGAAAUGCUAACAGAUAAGUCUAUUAGUUUGAUCGAGGACAAAGUGUUCAACUUUUUAUAGACUUUGAUGGACCUGAACACUGAACUCUGAUGCAGGAAUAACCAACCUUACUGAAAACUCUGGAAUGACUGAUAUUUAUUAGGAUCUUUUAUCCUGAUACUGAGAGCUAUAUAUUUUCUGAUUGUGUGCUAUUUAAAGUUUUUUACUAUUUAAAAUAGUUUAAUGAAGAAAAUGUAUUGUUGACUGAAAAAUACAUUUAAGGCUGUUAAGUAUUGAAGCAAAGGUGUUUGAAAUGAUAUUAAAACUGUACAUAUGGGUAUAGCAUGGUGAAAAUAGAAAGCUAUCUUUGUUUUUGCACUCCAGACUGUUUAACAAAUGUAUUGUUGGUUUGUCUAUCCAAAUAUAUGUCUCUAGCAGAUAUAGAAAAAUCCAGAGGGAGAUAGCUGUGGGUUUGGGAACAAUAAUGAGUUGUUCCAGCAAUUUCCAUAAGUUAUUUUUGUUCAGCAACUUCUGAGCACCAACGAAACUUGAAAUGAAAUGUCCAUGCAUUGCCCCCCAAAAAUUGCUUUGCAUAGCAGAAAGGAUUCAAGGAUUCAAGGAGUUUUAUUUGUCAUUACAACACAUACAUGGGAUACAGGGGCUACAGGGAUCCUCCAGAGUUCAACAGUCUCACAGCUUCUGGGAAGAAGCUGAGAAGAAAAGAGGAAAUACCAAUGUUUUGCCAGGUAAUUUUGACACAAGAUUAAGGAGUAAUGUCCCAUGCUUAUUUAUUUCUUCUCUUUGCUAAAAGUCAUAAUGACUUCAGCUCUGAAUGUGCUCCACAGGUUCUUUUCCCCUCUGUAGGGGUGCUUUUCUUGCACACGUAUACUGUAACUUGCUAUACAUGCAUGUUUGUAAUUGGCCUAAAGUUGUUUGAAGCUGUCUUUCAGACAGUAAGGACUCAUUCUGUAAAAACAGAUGUUACAUUGCCACUGUAUGCAAACAUACCAACUGCAGCUGGUUUGCAGGAUUGUUUGAGUUUGGUCGGCAGGUCUCGGUCUGUUUACACAAGUCUCCUGGCUAGUGAUAAAAAGAGGCCUGCCAGACUGUUUGCUGAUGUUCCAGUUUGUUCUCUAUGCGAAUUGUUUGUUACA